GCUAAAGUAGUCGAGGUGGAUUCCAUGGAAAAAUCCAUUAUGAAAAAGAAAUUAAAUAGAAUUGUUUUUUAAUCUUUAGCUGCCAAAAACAGUGGCAUAUAUAUCCGGGAAGACAGAAUAAUGAAUAACAAUCGAACAUUGAUGUUUGGCCGCAAGAUUUCUUAGGUUUUCCAUUACAUGUUUAGAUUUAAGAUCACUUCUUGCCAUGAGGGAUUUGCUUUCAUAACUACUAAUGGCACUAAAGGACUGGGUUACGAAUCUAUCAAUAGAUAAUAAGGUAAAGAAUAAUCUUAUUGAUAGAAGCUUAAGGAAAGGGAAUUAUAUCAUGGGAAAUGAUAACCGGUUUUGAUAAUCUUAGAUAGUGAUCCCAGAUAGGAGUCGAUCUCA